AUGUCCAACAGCGCCCUCAACCUCACCCUCUGCAGCACCCUGCUGUGGUACCAGUUUCCAGAAUGUGCCGUCGCACCUUACGGUUUCGUCUUCUACUUUGCCGUCAAAGUCUUCAACUUGGUGGUGGGGACGCCGUGCAACGUGCUGGUGCUCUGGCAGAUCCUCUCCAGGAAGAGCGACGCCACCACCUCCAACAUCUUCAUCUUUAACCUGGCGCUGCUGGACACGUACUUCUGCCUGAUGACCCCCGUGGACAUGGUGAACCGGCUGCUGCUCAACGACAGGCGCGUCUGGUUCCUGCAGAGGUUCGCCUACGGCAUCAAGGACGUGGCCUUGCUCUUCCUGGUCUGCAUCUGUCUGGACCGGUACAUGGCCGUGGUCCACCCCGUGCUCUUCACGGCCAUCCGGGACAACAGGGUGCGCAUCUGCGUGUCGGCGCUGGUCUGGUGCCUCAUCCUGGCGUACGGCCUCACCAAGAGCGUCCUGGGCGUGGUCAUCGUCAACGAGGUCUUCAGCGGGGUCAUCCUCUUCUCCUUCGUCGUCAUGAUCUUCUGCAACAUCUCCAUCAUCUGGGUGCUGCGCCGCUCGGUGACGGGCAAGGAGACCAUGCACCCGGUGAAGAAGAAGGCUUUCCGGAUGGUGCUGAUCAUCUUGGGCAUCAUCGUGGUCAACUACCUCCCCCCGGUGGCGCUCAUGCCCUUCGCACCCUACUACUCCUUCAUGGUCUUCUUCUGUCACAUCCGCACCAGCGUCUUCGCCAUCAUGGACCUGAGCUGCAGCAUCGAGCCGCUCCUCUACAUCACCAAGAUGGAGCGCGCCGACAUCCGAGGGUGCUGGAGCACAUUCGCCAAGAAGCCCCACAGUGUCAAUACCUGACGCCCCGGAUUUCAUCUUUAGCCCAUGUGGGGAAAAUGGUUUGUUAGUUUUUCGCAAAACACCAAAACAUUUUCAUUUCAGAAUGUCUCUGCAUGUCUCAUGUCUCUUUGUAAAACCCUACCUCUUUGCCAGGUUCUACACAAAUCCCACUUCCAACA